GCCGGAAACACUUUUGCUGUCAAACGCCCGCGCCAUCUGUCAACCCAACUGCUCGGCGAUCUCUCUUUCCGGUAUUUAUUCGCUACUAGGCAGCACACAUUUCUGUGCCGACUAGUAAAUUAAACACCGUAUCAAAAUGGGUCGUCGCCCUGCAAGAUGUUAUCGCUAUUGUAAGAACAAGCCGUACCCGAAGUCUCGGUUCUGUCGAGGUGUCCCGGAUCCCAAGAUCCGUAUCUUCGAUCUGGGCCGUAAAAAGGCUUCGGUGGAAGAUUUCCCGCUGUGCGUCCAUCUGGUGUCCGAUGAGUAUGAACAGCUGAGCUCUGAGGCGCUGGAAGCGGGCCGUAUUUGCUGCAACAAGUACCUGGUUAAGUACUGCGGCAAGGAUCAGUUCCACAUCCGUAUGCGGCUGCAUCCAUUCCACGUUAUCCGCAUCAACAAGAUGUUGUCCUGUGCCGGAGCCGAUAGACUCCAAACUGGAAUGCGUGGUGCCUUCGGUAAGCCCCAGGGAACCGUGGCCCGCGUUCACAUCGGUCAGCCGAUCAUGUCGGUGCGCUCGAGCGACCGCUUCAAGCCCCAGGUCAUCGAGGCUCUGCGUCGUGCCAAGUUCAAGUACCCCGGUCGCCAGAAGAUCUUCGUCUCCAAGAAGUGGGGCUUCACCAAGUACGACCGCGAUGAGUACCUGAAGCACCAGGAGGAGGGUCGUUUGGUUCCGGACGGUUGCGGCGUACAGUUCCGCAACGAUCAUGGCCCGCUAGUUAAGUGGGAAGCCCACCAGCGGUACCGUUUCGGUGUUUAAGCAGGGGCAGGAAACACUUCGGUAUUUUUUUUAUAUUUCUAACUACUUCCCACAAAUGCCACCUCCAGUUGGGAAGGUUUCUGAAAGCUGAUGCAUAAGAAAAAAGAACAACAUCCAAAUGAAUAAAGCUUUUUUCCGUUGAUAGGAAAUUUGCUAACAAA